UCCAAUAAACGUGGAAAACCAAACCUGUCCCCUCUUCCGCUAGGGCUGGGGUGUCAUCUUGGGUGGGGGCACUAGACUGGCCCUUACUGCGGGAGGGAGUGCCACAGGAGCGGGAGGCCCAUGAACAGUGAUGUGGGCUUGCGGUGGGGGCAUUCACUACUGUUUUGGUGUAUGGGGAAUGAUCUUCCUCUGCUGGGCACCCAUAGUUGCUGUGUUUGUGAAUGCAGUACCUAGCCACCAGAGGGUGAUAAACACAGUGCAUUGUCCUCCAAGCCUAGCAGAGUAGUUCUGGGCUCCUGGGAGGAUGGUAGCUGUGCCCGGUCCCCCUGGGGAGCGGCUGCUGGACCCUUCUGAAGCUCAGCAGUUGGUCCUGAACGCUGUGUUAGUCACCAGGAUGAGCGUGCUGAGCAGUGGCCUGAGGGCUGUCACCAGAGGGAAGGUCUAUUGGUGUAAGUGACAGUGUGUUUAAACUGUGCUAGUUCUACCCAUGUAACCCCCACAUGGACACUCGCAUAUCCCAGCACCAGAGAGUUACCCUGGGAUAUCUAGGUCGGUUAAAUGCACUGGUUUAAUCAUACCAGUAACUGGUAAAACUGUCCUGUGGGGACAAGCUCUAAUUCCUGCCCAGCGGGUGAGGCUGUGAGCUUGCCAGCUGUCCCUUACUGUGUAUCACCAGGGUGGAGGUGAGAGUCUCAGCGCAGCAGACCCCCAAUACUACACUGGCUCCUUAGGUCUUGGUGUUGCUCUCUGGUUCUGUGGGCUUUGUCUCCUCUAGGUCAGCGGUCUCCCUUGCACAUGAGCUGCAAGUACUGCGUCAUGCAGUGCCAUCCAUGCUGAGGCACAUGCUGUUUGAUGCAUUACUGGACGGGAGGCAUCACCGUGUGUUCAUGGGAAGUGCAGACGUGCCUUGUGCUGAUGCUGGCAUGCUUAGGACUUUGACCUACCCACCAUUGCGGAAGGGGUGCGCUACACACACCUUUCCCACACUCUGGGUAGCACCCUGCAUGCAUUGAGUAGUACUGCAUUCCCAGUUCCAGUCAACCACGGUGGAUUAGCAAACUAGGGACACCGGGCAGUGUGUGCUCUGAGCCCGGACACUGCAGCAUGGGGGCUCUUUACCUUCUGUGAGUCUCAGAAGAGCUUGCAGGAGGCAGGGGGAAGCCCAGGGGAGGGGUGGCACUACCUGAACACAGCACUUUCUGUGAUAAUUUGUUUGGUUACACCCUUGCUUUCAGAAUGCAGAAGUGCGGUCGCUGGGGUUACUGAAUUGGAGAGGUUCUGCUGGAAGUUUCUGUCCCUGAUGCCCUCUGUACUAAAUCUUCCUUGCAGCCUCCUUAGUGAGAUGUUGCCUGGCCUGGGCUGUACCAGCCCCUGCCCAUGGCUAUGUGGGGUUUGAAAAGUCCCAGAUUCAGCCCAUUGUAUGUGCUGUCAGUUUCUCUGAAAUAAGUUGGUGAGUCCCAGUAUGUGAGCGCUGCUUUCCACUCCCAAUAAACCACCUUCCCUGGGCAGUCACUGCACAAUCUGUCCCCUUCCAGUAGCCCCAGCUAGAUGGACUGUGUCCAUGGUGGCAGGGCCACAGGCAUCCUCAGGGUUGGGGAGGAGCAGGGGAAAUGAGCUGCACUGGGUUCUCUGCCUGGUGGUUGUAUUUCUGCUCUGGACAGUCAAGUAAAAAUGGAAGUCUUCAGUUGGGUUACUUCUGAAAUGUGGGAAAGGCUUCCCCUGUGCCUGGGGGGGGGGGGGUGUUCUGAGCUCGGAGUUGCUGUAAAACUCUUAGCUGCUUGGGUAGGAGAUAUGCAAAAUAGAAGCACCUGAGAUCUGACAAGGGAAACUGACUAGAUCCAUUGCCCAAGAGAGGGGGAACAGUAUCAAUAGCACAAAGGACCCAGUAUCUGUAAUGUCUCUAGUAAUCUCAGGUGUGACUAGUAAUUGGGCUAAUUCAUGGGGUCCAAAGCCAGAAGGGACUGUUAUGACCAUCAAGCCUUUGCAGAAUUAAUUUCCAGUUUAAAUAUGGAGAUAUACCUAUCUCCUAGAACUGGAAGGGACCCUGAAAGGUCAUCGAGUCCAGCCCCCCACCUUCACUAGCAGGAUCAACUACUGAUUUUUGCCCCAGAUCCCUCAGUGGCCCCCCUCAAGGAUUGAACUCACAACCCUGGGUUUAGCAGGCCCAUGCUCAAACCAUUGAGAUAGCCCUCCCCCCAUUGCACUAGAGCAUAACUUUAAAAAAAAUCCACUCCAUCUAAAACUGGCCAGUGAUGGAGAAUCCACUGUGACUGCUGGUAAAUUUGUUCUGAUGGUUAAUUCCCCUCGCUAUUAAACAUUUACACUUACUUCCAGUCUGAAUUUGUCUAGCUUCAGCUUUCACCCACUGGAUGGUGUCAGACCAUUCUCUGCUAGACUGACUUAUAGAGUGAGCAGCAUCCUAACUGUUGGCCAGUUACCUGAACCAUGCCCCUUAGCAGAGCUGCUUGGUGGUAGCUGAGUUUUGCUGUCAGUUUAGGGUAUUGCCAAGUAAAUUCCAGUUAAAGGAGGUUUGGAUUCCAUGGUGAAAACCUCCAUCCCUGCCAACCUGAUCACUAGUGAUGGGGCCAGGUAAGUAACAGAGGCUACGGCCUGAGUGUGGGUGAUUUUCCAUUUCCUCCUUCCGUAGAAGCUGUGGGGUGUGUGCACUCUCCCCUGGGGACUCAGUUACUAAACACCUGUUUAUAGUAACCAUUGUGAGCAUCAGGCUGGAAAAUAUCCCCACGGUGCGACUCACUCAGUCAAUAGCAGCCGAUGCUGGAGCUCCAGGCAGGCUGGCUGCCAUGGAGACCAGCUGGGACAGCAGCCUCCACAGCUGGGCCGGGCCAGCCCCAGCUGUGAUCCAAGCCACCAUGUACUCCAAGGCAGCGCGGCAGGCUGAGGAAACCAGGGAAGAGCUGGAAAAGAUCCGGGCGCGGAUUGACCAUAUGAUCCAGGCCUAUGAACGCAGUGAGCAGGUCUCGUCUGCCCAGCAAGCAGCCACAGAGAUUGUGGAGGAUGUGGAGCAGCUGGUAGCCGUCCUGGGGGACCCCGUGAAGAAGAGGAGAUACCAGCAGCAAGUGACUGUCUUCAUCGUGGGGUACCAGGAGUCCUGUGGGCAGCGCAACAGCCUCCUGAGCCAGCUUCAGGAGUUCUUCAGCUGCUCUGCGGAGCUGGGGCUGGGGGAGGAGAGCCACAACCUGCCCGACGACUUCCCCGUGCACAUGGACGACGUGGCUGGCACGGUGACAGCGGCUCUGAGCUCGGCCGAGGCAGCCAUGUCCCGCCUGGCGGAUCUGAACAAGGACAUUGUCAGCUACGUGACCAGCGCCCUGGCCACACCCAGCCCCAAAAGGAGCCACAGGAAGCAAGUGGAGAAGGCUGUAGACAAGGCUAAGGAAGAGGUGGUCCAGAUCAAACGCAGGCUCCUGCAGGCUCAGGCAGACCUGGAGAUCAAGGAACGACAGCUGAAGGACCUGCAGCAGCUGAGUGAGAUGAAGGCGAAGGAGAGCCGGCUCUUCCGAGCCCAGCUGGAGAGCACCCAGAGACGCCUGCAAGGCCUGGAGCAGGAGAGUGGGGCUCAGCGGACCCACCUGGAAGCUGAGCUGAGGAGCCGGGACGCGUGCAUCGCGGAGCUGGAUGGGUUCCUGCAGGAGAAGGCAUGGUUGCGGAGGGAUGCGGCCACCCAGUGCAGUGACUGUGCCCCGUCCAACCCUGCUGCAUGCCUAGGAGGGCUGCUCCCCUCCGGCGCGGGGGCUGCUGAGGAGGGGCCUCCAGCAGGAAGGGAGCUCGCAGAAGGGCUGGCAGAGUCCAUGGUGCGACCUGAAGAGGGGUUCCCAAACCCAGAGGACACCUCGGGGCAGCACUCGGAGCAGCUGCAGCCCGUUGGUGGCCCCGUGGCACACUCAGCUGUCCUGGGGCCGGGGGCGCUGGCUGGGCCGGCCGGAGGGCACAGGGAAGCUGGGAAGGAAGAGGAAGAUGCUGAAGGGGAGCCAGCCACACACCCUGCAGGGGGUGAGAGGAGCCCCAGCUGGGGCACUGCAGUCGGGAAUGGCACGGUGCAGACUCCAGAGGCCUCGGCUACCUGUGAGCUCCUGGCCCAGCGCCUGGCUGCCCUGGAGGCAGAGUUAGCUGCAGCCCAACUGCAAAGCCGUGAGGACGCCGAGCACUGGGAGAGGCGCUGCAGGACCAUGGCAGCCAAGUGGGAGGAGGAGAGGCAGAGAUUAUUGCAGCACACAUGGCACCCAGUGGGGGAGGCGCAGCACCUGGAGACGAUACGCUCAGCAGAGACGGCGCAGCACCUGGAGACGAUGCGCUCAGCAGAGAUGGCGCAGCACCUGGAGACGAUGCGCUCAGCAGAGAUGGCGCAGCACCUGGAGAUGUCCCAGAUGGGGCAUCCCAUGAAGCAGGUGGCCGUGGUGCAGCCAGCGCAGGGAGGGGAGACAGCUCAGCAGGUGGAGCAAGUGCUGCAGAACCUGCCAAUGCAGCAGGUGCAGCCAAUGCAGCAGGGGGUGCUGGUGCAGCCAGUGCAGCUGGUGCAGCAGACACAGCUGGUGCCGCAGGAGCAGCUGGCUGAGCGAGUGGAGACAGCCCCAAAGAUGUUUGCAGCUGGAUCGCGGUUGACUUUGGAGGCCAGAGGUUUCCCUGAGCUGACUCUGCCCCCCAUCCCUGCUGGAGGAGCCGCUCCUUCCCCAGGGCCCACCAGGAAGGGGGGCGCUCCCAGAGUAGGUGCUUCCCCGGAUGCCCUGUCCCAGUCCCAGGGCGGGGCAACCCCAGUGCCUGCAGCGGGACGCCGUGGAGCUGACAGCCGCGUGGUGGCCUUCAUAGAGUCCUUGCGGGCAGGGCUCAUGGCUAAAGAGCUCCACGUGCUGGCUCGGCUCCUGGACGGCCCAUGUGGCGGGCUGAUGACAGCGGCCCCUGAGGAUGCAGCAGGAGCUGAAAUCCCCACGCUGCUUGGGAACGCUACCCUAGUUUUUUACAGCUUGCUUGAAGGUAUAAACGAUAAUGACAAGAUGCUGCUCCAGCUGCAGGACGUGAUGUCAGAUCAAGGGGGAGCUGCGGUGCCAGCCCUGGGAAAAGGCAUUGCCCUGGGUGGAGCAGGCCCAUUGGCUCUGGACCAGCGCCCUGUAGGAUGGCAUAGCUCCCAUGCUGUCCCGCUAACCCAAGGCUGGCUGAUGAGUGCAGGAGGGGGGCUGAGUCCCAGGUCUGAGCCUGGCAGCGCCGGGGCCCAGAGGAGAGUCCCCAGGGUCCUGUUUACUCAGCAGGAUGAGCAGCACAACAGACAGGUGCUGAACCAAGGCGUAUGCAGAGGCCGGGUGCCAUGGGGCCUGUAUCAGGACGCCAGCCUGCUGAUGGGAGGCUUCCGAUGGCUUCGCCGCCAGAGGUUCAAGGGCCUGUUGAGGGGUUACCUGGCUCAUGUCCGCAUGAAGGAGGCAGAAGAAACCUUGGAGCAACUUCAGGGCAGUUGUGGCUGCGUGAAGGCGCACAGUGCGCUGGGGCGACUCCGAGUGCUGAGGCAGCAGAGGCUCCAGCGCUGGCGGGGCGAGCGGCGCCACAGCUGGGCAAGGCAGCUGCAGCUGGCAGAGCUGCUCAGCGAGACGCUGGGGCGUGUGGAGGAGCGUUCGGGGCUGUUCCUGAUCCAGCCUGUGCUGCCGUGGGCUUGCCGGCCGACCACACUAACCCCUCCUGGAAGGAGCGACGCUCGGCCCCAACCUGCUCCCAAGAUGCUGGUGCCAGCACUGAUGGGACAGCCCUUCCACGGGGGCGAAGGGAGAGGCGGGAAGCUCUCUGCCCUGGAGCAGCAAUGA